GUCCGGUCCUCCUCCUCCCUCAGUUGAGCUUGUUCGGUCGAGCUUCUUGGGCGAUUUCGUGAUUGUUACAAACCGCGAUGCUUCGGAAGUGACUUUUUCAGUGCUAAGUGAACACAAAUCCUUCCAAAAUGUUGGCCGACGGAGAAAUAGUGGGCGACGGAUCAUGGAACCUCAUGGUUUACGUGACCGAUCUGAACGAGAAACGCACCUUGGUUGUAAAAGGUGACAUGCACAUUGGAGGAGUGAUGCUGAAAUUGACAGAACUCUUCGGUAAGUUUUUCAAGAAAGACUGGUCCGACCACGCCCUCUGGUGGCCAACCCGCAACAAAUGGCUCUCCAAACCCCGCCAGACCCUCGACCAGUGCGGUGUCCACGCCGACGCAUGUCUACACUUCACACCUAUGCACAAACCGUUGAGGAUCCAACUGCCGGACUUGAGAUACAUCGACUGCAAGAUAGACUUCUCUAUUGACACGUUCAGCGCGGUGGUACAACUUUGCAAGAGUCUUGGUAUCCGGCACCCAGAAGAACUGUCCCUCUGCUAUCCACUGGAGCAGUCCCACCUCAAACAGAACUACCAGAACUUGAAAGAGGCGAAGCGGCUCCGGCCGUCGGCACCUCCGGAUACGAACACGUUCAUCGCCGCCACCAGAGGAUCGUCCAACAGCUUGGACAGGUCUAACGGGUGUCCAGCCACGCCUCCACCGCCGAGGUCACAGUCAGCUACACCGGUAGCAUCGAACGGCACCCUCAGGCGCUACGGCACCCACAUCUACAGCACACAGAGCGACGGUUCCAGCGACGGCGGCUACUGCGGGACGCCGCCGCGCGCCGCCUCGCUCGAUGCCAUUGACGCCCUGGCUGACUUGUCACUCGCUGACUCGCCUUUAGAGCCAGACAGUCAGUCCAGAGAGUCGCUUCUGACGCCUAAGACACUUGUGGAACGGGCUAGGAUGAAUGUUGGCUGGCUAGACUCCUCACUGUCCAUCAUGGAGCAAUGCAUACGAGAGUGGGACACCCUGCAGCUCCGCUUCAAGUUCUACUCGUUCUUCGACCUGACCGCGCGUGCGCAGGACGCGCCGCGCCUCAACCAACUCUACCAGCAGGCGCGCUGGCAGAUACUGAACCAGGAGGUGCACUGUACCGAGGAGGAGAUGCUGCUAUUCGCCGCGUUACAGCUUCAAAUCGAGCUGCAGACGCUCGCCGGCGGCAGCGUGGACGCCGCCGACGGACACGCCGCCAGCGCCGCGCCCGACGACAUCGACGCCGCGCUCACCGAGCUGGAGACUCAGCUAGAAGGCGGCCCGCCCGCCAGACCCGACAUCAUGCAAGUGCCCGAGUUAGCUGGACAUCUCAAAUACAUGAGGCCGAAGCGGUUCACCCUCCGUGCGUACAAGCGCGGCUGGGUGUCGUGCCGCGACGGCGUGCUGCGCGUGCACGCGUCGCGCGACGCGGCGGCGCGCGGCGACGCGCCCGGCUACUGCGGCGAGCUGCGCGGCGCCGAGGUGACUCCAGAUGCCCACCCGGCGUCCAAUCGCUACAGCAUCAAGUUGGAGGUGCCGUCUGAAGACGCCAUGAACGAGAUCUGGCUCCGGUGUGAGAACGAGGACCAGUACGCGGAGUGGGUGGCGGCGUGCCGGCUGGGCGCGCGCGGCCGCUCGCUGGCCGACGCGGGCUUCGCCGCCGAGGCGGCUAAUGUUCGCGCUUUACUGCGCCUGCAGAAACCGCAGCCCGCCGCCGUCGCACAACACAACGUGCCGCACUUGGAACAGCUGCAGCCGGAGAAUUACGUCGCUCCGAGGGUCUUGAAGAGACUCAAGGGGAAGUUUACCCAACGCGUCCUGGAAAGCCACGCGAACGUGAAAGACCUGCCACUACUCGAAGCCAAGCUCCAGUACAUCAAGACCUGGCAGAACCUGCCCGACUACGGCCAGACCCUGUUCGUGGUCCGCUUCAUGGGCCACAGGAAGGACGAAGUCAUCAGCAUCGCCAACAAUCGCAUCAUGAGGCUCGACCCCAGCACGGGAGACCAUUUGAAGACCUGGCGGUAUAGCACUAUGAAGGCAUGGAACGUAAAUUGGGAGAUAAAACACAUGAUGGUGCAAUUCGAGGAAGGCAAUAUCAUAUUCUCGGUGCAGUCCGCCGACUGCAAGGUGGUGCACGAGUUCAUCGGCGGGUACAUAUUCCUCUCCAUGCGCUCCAAGGACGCCAACCAGAACCUCGACGAGGAACUAUUCCAUAAGCUCACUGGGGGUUGGACGUAAACGGAUUUUUCAAAAGUAUAAAAUUACAGUCAGAUUUUAAUUGAGCAAAGAUGAAUUGAUUAUAUAAGAUGAAAUCGUUUACAGAGUUUGAAAAAGGACGGGGCCACAGAAUAAAUAAUCGUACUACAUAGAAAUGACACUUCCUACAAAACCGAAGUUUGACAGCGAUUCAGGGAUGAAUCAAGUCCCUUUCUUAUGGCAAUAUUCCUUUCGGCUAUUUAGGGUUGUCAAGUUUGCGCGCUGCUAACGUCAAGCAACCCCACAGACUAUUAUAAUAUAAAAUCAAAUGACACACAUUAUGUUAUCUGUGGUUGUGAUACAAUAGAACGUCAAGUUUUGCCAACCCCUAAUAAUUGCUCGUUGCAACGCUGAGCCGAACGGAGCCGAGAGCGCCAGGCCAGCGAAAGGUCCAGUGUUACCCCAUUGACGGGGCCUAUGUUUUGUGAUAACUUAAUUGUUAUACGUCUACUUUUACCGCCAUAUAAAUUAGCUGUCAAAUUCAAAGCACGAAAUUGUUUUACUACACAUCUAAUAUAAUCAAUUUAUCUUUAAUAUUGAGUUAUUUUUUAUUUAAUAGCGAUCCGAAGCGUCCAUCAUUUUCACGGUUUUAUUUAGUUUCACCUCGAGUCAUAUGUUUAUACUGACGCGUGUUGGUGAAAAGUAUUAUGUUAAAUGAUGUAGUUUUAAGAAUUUUGAUUGGUGCUCUUUCUCGGUAAAGAUAUGGCGACGUUAUGUUGCAAAGUCCCCAAAUGAUGAUAAUAAUAUAAAAAUUAUGUAGAUCGCACCAAUAUUUAUAAUUUUAAACUUCGCUUUUUUUAGCCUCUUGACAUCUUCACAUACACGAUCGAUAGUUAUAUUUCUUUUUAUUUAUGUUACUUUUUAUUACAAAUGUGUAUAAGAAUGUAUUUUUGUAGUAAACGAACUAAUUGAAUCAUAUAUUUAGAUCUUGUUUUAGUGCUUCCAAUAAAAAUAUAGCUUUCUUGUAAAUGCCAAAUAAUAUUGAAGCAUAUAUUCAUUACAGUAUGUAAUUAAAUUUUAGUUUUAAGUUGAAAUGCGAUGGAUAAGAGCUUUUAAUAGAUGUAAUUUAUAAUUUAUGCAAAUGUUCAAAUGAGAUAUAUUGUCCUGUAUGUAUACUUUAAUAAUUAUAAUCUAUUAAAUAUUCAACAAUGUCUUUUACAAGGUGCCAUUUAACGAAUCAUAAAAUGUUAUAAUUGUCUGAAUACUGGCCUUACUCUAUAAUAAUAAGUCGAUCAGUGCCUCAGUAGCAUAUAUGUGUAAUAUUCCAGAUUUUAUUAUCCUUUUCUCUAUGUCAGAUAUUUGUGACAACGCCAAUAGUAUAAACAGCCUAUUGUGGUUAAAUAGUUAACCUUUUGAACGCCAAGAACACCUAAAGGUCGUAACUAGUCGAGCCCACAUGCCCCAUGAAUACAUAAGUGUCAAAGUAACCUUUUCACUUUCAAGUAAGAUUUACAUUAGAUCGCCCGUGACGUUGGCGUGUGAGCGACGUUUUUUUAUGUCGAUAGCGUUCUAAGGGUUAAAAGCAGUGCCUAAAUUUAUAAACAACUCGCUUAUUAAAACCGAUUUUGAAAUGUAUUUUAAUAUUAACCAGGUCUGUUACUAAUGUGGCCUUAACUUUUUGAAAUUUUUCACAUAUUGUAUGUUUUUACCUGAUGUAAAUACUGAUAGCAAGAUCACUUUGCAUUGUUUUGGUAUAUUAGUUUUUAAAUGUUGUGUUGUGGCUAGUUCUACUAAAGUCGACCCGUUUUUACACGGUGUCCCAAUUUACUGUAAAAUAUGUUUGGUGUAGGUCAGGGGUCUCCAAACCCCGGCCCGCGGGCGAAAUCCGGCCCUCAAUAAUAUGGCCCUCAGGUAAAAAAGUUUGGAGACCCCUGGUGUAGGUACUUUAGUGGAACUAGCCUUCAUUUUUAUCGUUGACUAAUGAAUUGUUCUUUUUGCUAAAUGUUCAUGUCAGUGUCAGUUUGAGAUAGACGUCUCCAACCCGCAUCAGAUCUGCGAGAAAGGCAAUAUAGGAAAAAUGCACUUUGAAUGAUCUUUUUGAGCAUAUAAUGCUUUUAAUUUUGUAUGUUUAUGUAGUGUACCAAUGGUGACAAAUAACGAUAGUUAUUUUAGAAUAUUUUGUACAAAAAUUGUAUGUACACUUUACUAAAUAAUACCGUUUAUAAUAUUACUGAAACAUUAAAUAAAUGUAAGAAAUUAAGUAACAAA